AACACACAAAGCUGAUUUACAUUUGUUUAGUCGAUGCUUUUAUUCUGAAGAGCACGACCCGGAAAUCCUGUUAACUUUUGCGUUGACGUGACAACGGUCAAACAAAUUGGAUUCUUUAAAACUGGAUACGAGCGUUUCAUCAAGGAAAUACACAGAAAACAUGGAUCUUCUGGGAAAAGUCGAAAUCUACAUCCCAGCGGAAGCGGAGGUGAAAAGCUUCCCCAUGUGGAGUUUACCCAAAUCAGUGCUAAGACGAAUCGGCGUCUCCGUGUCCGUCUCCGAGGACUUUGGGACGCUCGCAGACUCCCCAGAAGGGAUAUGCAUUUGUCCCGCAAUCAUACGGAGGAAAGGUCAGAAGCAUGUCUCCCACGCAGGAAACCCUGGUCCAGGAUCCACGUCCCUGCUGCACAGCGAGUUCCGGUCGGGACAGAUGUCCUUCGUCUGUCCCAACCGCACAGCUUACAGGGUGCUAAAGGACACCAUGCCUGGGAAAAAGGUCCCUGGACCCGCAUCGCACACCUCCCAGUUACCUCAGGGCUCGGCACCGGAUAAGUACAAAGACUCUGUCGUCGUCUACCGGGGACACGUUUACCUGUCCACCAGGAGGUCCAAUCAUAGCCGCGAGAGACAGGAGACACUGGAACCAACGCCUUCGUCCCACGCUGCCGCUCCAGAAAGCCCAAAGAUGUGGCUGCGGCGGUCCCCCCAGGCUCAUCCUGAUCCUGAUCCUGAUCCUGAUCCUGAUCCUGAUCCUGCAGACCAAGAUCUACAAAGGAAGAAAUUGUGUGUCACGUUGCCCCAAACCUCCCAAAAACCGCUGAAGAACCUUCUCCCAGAAAGAGAGAGUCAGUCCACCACGGACCAGGAGCUGCGCCAUGACACCACGCCCACCGCGUGUAACGUAACACCCGGUGAGCACGAGAAGGAUCUCUUCACGCACAACAAAGUUGACGUGUCGUCGACCACAGCUGCACAUUCACCUGCUGAUGGCGAGCAGCAGGCGGCGGCGGAGGUGGAGGAAGAAGCCGGCACAGAGCCAGGUUGGUUUCAGCCUCCUCCAGAGGAGGAGGAGGAGGAGGAGGUGUUCGUCAACGACGACGGGGCUGACUGUGAGCUCCCGGACCCGGACUACGAAGACGGUGAAGAUGACUAUCUACAAGAUGAGGAGGUUCUGGGUGUCGCUGAGCAGAGAGAGUCUCGGGGUGCAGCCCGCGCCUCCACAUCGCUGCAGGUGGAGUACGACUUUAAGGAGCUGGCGGAGGAGGAGAAGAUCGCGAGAAUGAAGGCCAAACUCCGACAGAGCGAAGCUGCACUUCUUCGAAUGACCGCUCAGUCAGAGUGAGCAGCAAUACACACUCACGAUAACACACUC